CGCAAAUCUAAUUUUCCCGCCAGUGCUUUUCGCGGAAUAUUCACUUUUAUGGACCUUUGUAAAAUGUACAUUGUUUUGGAUCACUCAAGAUUACAUGCUUGAUCAAAAGGCAAACGCUUCCAACAUUCCGGAUAAGAUACUGAUAGUUUAGAAUACUAUUUUAAGAAUUUGAGGAAAAAUAUUCAUGAAAAUCAUAUACCUACACUUUAGAUAUAAAGCUUUAACGUUAAAGCGCUUCUGGUUGAACUGUCAUAUUCAUGGACCCUUAUGGAGCAGUUUCUGCAGAUCUGUUUGAUAUACCAGCUGCGGAACAAGAAAUAACUGUCGGAUCUAAUGAUCAACCAAUUGCAUCAGAUGUGAAUUCACCAGGAAUUGGACACUCUACCGUAUCUAGUGCGGGAACAAUCACUGUAGGAGCAGAUGGAACCUUACAUUUUCAGAAUACACCAUCUAGUCAACAAGGUCCACGAGUCAUAAUGUUACAGAGGAGUGCCCCAGGAUCUGGAGUAACCGUACCAAACUCACCCGCCCAACGUCCUGGAUUGAAGACUGUGAAAAUAAUUACUGUUCCAGGUCAAGGUGCUGGAGGUAAACCUUUAAAGGCAGCAGUGAUACCAAUGCAUAUGCUCCAAAGAACAGUCAAAAUACUUCCUGCUGGGGGUCAACAAGUGAUAAAUUCCAGCGGCGCUACCGUCACAUCGAAUUUUCCACGUGUUCUCACCAUUCGUCCUCAGUUAUCAUCUGGUCCCACAGUACUGACCGGUGCUACUGCUAUUACACCUGUAAGACCGGGCACAUUGAUUUUUUCUGGCGCUUCAGCGACACAGUUUACCGGGUCUUCCGUCAGCUAUCAAAAUUCUGAAGAUGUUGAGAAUCAAAUGAUGAUAGGGUCUGGAGGUGAAAUUAUUAAUGGAGCUCCUCAUGGUGUUCUUACAACUACUGGUUAUUACGAUAUGAAUAUGCACAAUGCUGCUGGCUUUGAACAUUCAGCUAAUCCAGCUGGGCGUGAGGAAGGUGAUGAACAGGAGCAGGUUCCGACCGGUCUAAAAACUAAUGGUCUCCGACGUUAUGCUCGCUGUGUUUGUAACAAAGUUAAAGAGAAAGGUAUAACCUCCUAUAGUGAAGUUGCUGAUGAGCUUGUACACGAAUAUGCUGCUGAACAUCCUAUGAUUCCAUCUGAACAACUUCACUACAUUCAGAAGAAUAUUCGUCGACGUGUUUAUGAUGCAUUAAAUGUCCUAAUGGCUCUAAACGUAUUACAAAAAGAGAAAAAAGAGAUCCGUUGGGUUGGACUUCCCGUAAAUAUGAUAGAAGAAUGUCGACGUUUGGAAGAAGAACGUGAAAAGCGACAGAUUUCUCUACGGAAUAAAACUGUCGAAAUACAAGAUUUAAUCAUGCAGUUGAUUGCUUUUAAAAAUCUUGUAAUGCGCAAUAAAAUCAAUGAUCGUUGUAGACGUAAUCGUAUGGGCCCACAAUCUCACACUUGUGAUGGAUCACGUAACAUUGACACUGAUGCAGAUAAAAUUAUAUCUAAUGGUACUUCAAAAAUUCGUAAUGAGAAGAUCCCUUUGCCAUUUUUGGUGAUAUCUACUCACAGGAAAACUGUCAUUGAUUGCAAUAUUUCUACUGAUAAGUUGGAAUAUUUAUUCAAUUUCGAUCAAGCCUACGAGAUACGUGAUGAAGUAGAUACCUUAAAACGCAUGGGUUUAAUGCUUCGCCUUGGUACUAUUCAUUGUACACAGGAGGAGUAUAAUCAAUGCUUGGAGUUGGUACCACCAUCUCUACGAUUUUAUGUAGAGGCCAUUUACGAACGACGUCAGGCCAUUGUACCAGACUUUGAAGCCCUUCAUCAACAAAGAAGAUUAUUUGUUGAAGCUAGAUUAGCUGCUGCAGCUGCAGCCGGUCACACAGAUGAAGGUGGUGACACUAUGGGAUCUGGUGGUCAUGGAGGGUCAGUUAACGUGCAUCAGCAGUUAGAUCAUUCUUUACGGGGUAAUCAGCGAUCACCGCUUGAUACCAACUCUCAUUAUACAAGCUUGUUCGAUACAGGAAACACAAGCGUCAAUGAAGGUGGUUUGCGGCAAGUUUAUUUAAAUCGAAGUCCAGAUGAUGAAGAUAGUGGUCAUAUUCCUGGAUCCGUUUCUAAUAGUGGGUUUGUGCCUGGCGAUACUCAGCAUUAUGCUCGAGCAGCGGCAUCUCGUGGUUAUGUUGUACCAGGUGGUCCAGGUGGGCUUUUACGCCAUCGACAGCAUACUCCAACCUCCGGAGUCUCAAGCAUUUUAAACCGUCAGUUUAGAGGUGAUGAAACCUCUCGUAUGACUUCAUCGACCUUGGUCAGAACCUUAAUUAGUGAUAGUCGUGAAAUGGCUUCUUCCGUAAUCGGUGUUAACAGUGAGCACCCAAUGGCUCAUAGUGAUGAUACAAAUGAUGAAUUAGUGGAUCCUGACGAAAUUAUUGGCGAUCAUGGUGAUGAUGAAGACGAAGAUGAGGACGAUGACGACAUGGAAGAUGUUUAAAUCUUCAUGCUAAAACUUAGAGACGAUAUUUUGCAAUAAUAAUUUGUUUCUAUCAAUUACAUCUGUAUAUUACAUAAUUUUGUACAUCAGAUUCUUCUCUUGAUCAUAAAAAAAUCCAUAUUAAAAAUUAAACAAAUAAGGUUUCAAGAUUUCUUAUGAAUUAAGUGUAUAAUUAUAUGUUUAUUGUUUUAUUUAUUUCUUACUGACUGACUGUUUGUGUUCAUUUUGAUGUAUUUUGCAGUCUAUGGGUAAACAUACCUUCAUAGCUUUUUUUUGUUCACAUGUUCAUUUUUUUCUUAUUUCCCCUUAAAUUAGUGUUUCAUUCACUUAUAAUAAAAUUUUUGUAUAGUAUAUUGUUUUCUAUUCAAUAUAAAUUGAGUUUAAUCCUAACCAGUUUCAUCAAUGAAUUAGGUGCCUUUAUUGAAAAAUUUGUCCGUUAUAAUGAAGCUUCAACACUUCACUUUGUAUUUUUGUGUCUGGCUGUUAAUUUAACAGUUAAUUUUCUCGUUUUUCAAAUAGAUGGAAGCCCAUUUUUAUAUAAACAAUGAUUUCUUCAGUAUCUCUCCUUAAUGGGGUUCUAGCAGAAUUAAUAACUAUUUUUCCAAAAUCUUUAUUACACCACCCAUCAUUCGCAUUGCUGGCAUUCUUAAUCAGCUUUUAGUCCCAAAACCUCAUUAUAAUAAUCAGUUCCACAUCAUUUUAUUAAUUCUGUUGUACAUGUUAAUCACUAUCGUGUUGAGAAACAUUUUUCAAUUUGGUUUGGUAUGGCUAGAAAUGAACCCUUCC